AUGAGAGGCUGUAUUAGACUGCAUCGCAGUCUUGGCCUGGCUGGACUCGACCUCUCCCGUCCCACAGCACAAUUUUACUCCACAAAGCGUGCAUCCGCUGAUGCAAAGCCAGCGUCUCGAAAGAGAACGCCGCCCAGGGAGGCCUCGGGGAAGCCAUAUGCAAAGUCAACCAAGGCAUUGCGCGGGAGCAGGCUGGACCGGGUGCCAGACGACAAUGAGCUCGGCUAUGACCAGUGGGCCUGGUCCGAGGUGAACCUCGACGACAAGACCAUCCAGACGCCAGCGGGAAACCUCCCCAUUUCACCACUUCUAGACCCGGCAUGGCGGGAGGCCAGACAACGAAAAAAGACAAAGGCAACCCCAGACAAGAAAUCCCAUAACCGCUUCCAGCGGCAGCUGCGCCAGAAUCCCUAUGCCCAACUGCUGGCCACUCCUGUCCGAUUGUGCUCUGCCACCCGGACACACCUGCCCAAGGCCAUGCUGCAGGCUUUUGGUGUGGUCAGGCAUCCCGAGACAAACCAAGUCUGGUGGCUCCCUGAGGGUCUGGACGCGCCGCGCAAGCCCUCGAGCAAGAUGCCUGACGAAGCUGAAGAGACUGACGAGCCUUCACCAGAAGUUCCCGAGGAUGGGCCUAGGGACAGAUCAACUGGGACCCACAACAAAAAUGGCCCAGCUGGCUCCUCUGACAAGCAGGCUGCGUAUUCUUACCCGAUGAAUGCGCUCGGGCGUCAGGACCUAAUAAAAGGCUUCUCCACGCCGGGCAACUUGUACUUCUCGGGUCAUAAGAGAAUAGCCGGCAUGCCCAGCGCACCGCCCCAGGCCAAAUCUGCCGUCUGGCGUGUGGAUAUGGACGGGGUGAUUCUCGACCAGAGACGCCGGCAGAUCAUGGAGGAUCUCCUCCACCUUUGCACACUCUGCGAGGAAAACGGCAGGAGAUACAUCAUCAGGAUCACUGACGCCAAGUACUCCGCUACUUACGUCCACCGCGCCGCCUUUCUCUGGCUGGGAGAGGACACCGCGUCAGGGUCUCAACAGAACGACCAGGGGCUCGACGGCAAGGCAGACAAGGCAGAGGUUGACCCUGAACAAUACGCAACCCUUGACAUUGACGGCGACCCAACCACCACACGUCCUGUGUACAACUUGCCAAGACUUCUGGGCCCGGCUAAUGUCGCUCGAUUACGAACAGAAUCCAGCCUGCUCAGGGAUGGGUCGCUUUUCUUGCUGAGGAGCCAGCGGAGCGGUCCUGUGAAUAAGAAGCUGUGGAGUCUCCAGGGGUACAUGGCCACUUACAGUUAG